ACCCUGCCAUUUAAAAUGACUUCUACAAGAAAACCUGUGACAGCUGCAUCUCUGUUGAUACUUAUGAUCAAAGUCUUCAGUGGAAAUACUCUGACAUGUCAUCCAGCAGACUAUCAGAUGCAGGACGAAUGCUGUCCUAUGUGUCCUCCUGGAAGUCGUGUUAAAACAGAUUGUACAGAGUUCAGAAGUACUUCCUGUUUGCCCUGCAUGGAUGGAUCCUUCAUGAAUAAACCUACUGGACUUAAACAGUGUUUUCUCUGCACCAACUGUGAUGCAGGUUCUGGUCUGAAGAUAAAGACUUCAUGCACAGCAACCUCAGAUACACUUUGUGAACCACUGGAAGGAUUCUACUGUAUAGACUUCACAGAGAACCACUGUGUGGCAGCACAGAAACACAGCAGCUGUCAACCAGGACAAUACAUCAGGGAGAAAGGAACAGCCCUCAGAGACACUGUGUGCUCUGACUGCAGUGGGGGGACAUUUUCAGAUGGGACAUUUCCAUCUUGUCAGCCACACACACAAUGUCAAUCACAAAACCUUCAGCUGAUAAGAGCAGGAACUGCUUCAACUGAUGCUGAAUGUGGACCACACAGUUCAUAUGGGACAGUGAUUGGGAUCAGUGUUGGACUUUCUUUAUCAAUAAUUUGCAUAAUUUCCUCUGUAGUUUACUUUGUCUGGAAGAAGAAAACACGUCUAAGAGGAAACAGAGGAAAUGGAAGCAGUCAGACAGAGGAAAAAGGAGCUGGAGAUCACAAUCCCAGUCACCACCCACUCCAGGGAGUGAAACCAAAGAAACCAGUCAGCUCCACACCAGAGCAGCUGUCGUGGUUCAUAGUCCACAGUUGUGAGAAAAAAAGCCUCCCCCUCCUCCUCCCCCCUGUGAGCUCAAACUGAGCAGCAGGUACAGCGUCCUGGAUGAGGUGGAUUUCCUCCGGCUGUGUUGUCACUUCCAUCCUAACUCCUCUUCACAGUCAUCACUUGGCCAUGCACCACUGUCCGCUGCUCCCCUCACCUCCAUCAGCCUGCUACUCUGUCAGCCGUCAUAAUCAGAGAUUCCAUUGUGAGGAAUGUGAGAAUGAAGGCAGGUGACACUCGGCCAUUUGGUACCAUCGUUCUGAUCAUGGAGAAAUUUCCUGACAUCAUUAAACAUCAUUAAACCGAGACAUGACUCAACACAGAUGGACCAGCCACUCUUACUGAAGCCUCACCAGAAAACCACAAAUUUUCACUUUCCUCCAGGAAAGGUAAGAAAGGUGGGGGUACAGCAAGCAUCCUCUCAGCUUCACUUGGUUUUAAAGAUAUUACUUUUGAUGAAUACACAGUUGACAGACCAAGUGCUUCUUUUACUUCAGAUUUUUCAGACCUUUCCGUUAUCCACACCAACUACAACAGAAUGAUCAUUUUAGGUGAUUUUAACUUGCAUGUGGCCGUGCAAUAACACUCUUUGAGAGUUUUAAAUUUGCUGCAUUAACUGCAUGAAUUUUCUCAACAUGUUAUUCAGCCUACUCAUAACAGAGGCCACAUUUUACUGUUGUUGUUUUUUUUCCAACAGGAUGCACCAGAACAAACUGUCAGGAAAAACUAUCUUACUAAUGAAGUGGCUGCAGAUUUUAAUUUUCUUUUACGUAACACUCCUGCAGACAUUUUAGCUUCUUCUUGUGACUUUAUUGCAGACAGUAAAUAAUGGUCAGUGUAAGUUCUAUUACAUAAAUGCACUGAAUAUACAGUCAUGGAAAAAAAUAUUAGAUCACCCUUGUUUUCUUCAAUUUCUUGUUCAUUUUAAUGCCUGGUACCACUAAAGGUAUAUUACCUGAAGAAUACAAUGAACACAACAAAAAAUGCAGCUGAUUACAUAAUACUUUAUGUCCUAUUUGACAUGCUUAAGCUUAAUUGUAUUCCCAGGGUAUAUAAGAGGCCAUUUCAUGGCAUAAGCAGCACUGCACAUGCAAAGGCAGAAAGUGGUUUCCUGCUUACAUUCAAGCCGUAGAACAAUUCAGAAUUUGUCAGCUCUCACAUAAUGUCUAAAACAAAAGAAUUAUGUGAAGUCACAAAGGCAGCCAUGUUGGUGUAAUGCCAAUUUAUCAUAUAGCCAUAUAUUCUCUCUCAUAAACUCGUAUAUUCAAUUCUGUGUGAAGUACAUACAACUUGACCUGAAGUGACCUAAUGUGCUGAGUAUGCUGUUCAUUGUGCCU